GCACUUCACUAAAUCCUAAUUUGGCUCCUGACUUACCUGGUGCUGUGAACAUAGCAUUAAGCUAUUUGACCGUGGUUCAUAUAGUUGGGAGAAUUAUGAAUAAACGAAGAAGAAAAUCAGAAGAAUCGUCGUCAUUUGAUGAUAGCAAAAGUGAAGACUUCCGUUCAGAACAACGAAUAAGUGGUUUUAGGGAUCAAAAUGUUCCAAAAUUUGCUGAAUUCGAAGAAGAUGUUGUAGAAGCUGAUCCAAUAAAACAAUCAACCCCACAUUUUCCACUCGGAUCUCAACCUGGUCAAGACUAUUACUACAGUCCAAUGCGUCCACCGAAUCCGCCGCAACCUUAUCCAAUGGGACCUUAUCAAGGAUACAGUUCACGACCCACAAGUCCUAAUGAGCGUUCAUUACCACCUUCUCCGCCCGGAAUACCGCCACAACAACAAUUUUCUUAUCCCCUUUCGUCGCAAUCUUCUUAUCACAAUGCAUAUAACUCAUAUUCGACUACUUCACCUUCGUAUCCACCUGAUAGUUAUCCUUUUCCUUCCAACCAAUCGCCCAUAUUGUCUUAUGAUACAUAUCCAAAUUCUAACAAUUCUAAUAUAUAUCGAGAAUAUCCUCCACAAUCUUCACAUCAUUGGGGUCAAACGCAACCUCAUUAUUAGUGUAUUUUGCGCAAUAUGUUAUAAUUCUAAUAUAAACUUUCAUAAUUAUUUAAUAUAUAUUAAUCAUAUUUGAUGAUUUAUAAAUAAUAAUUACAGCACAUCAUUCAUAAACCACAUCAUAAAAGUCAUAUCAUUAUUGGUUGUUCCAAAAUUGUAAAUUUAAAUAGGAAGAUAAAGUCCGGCAGCUGUAUGAGCUGCGGAAGAUUACGACUAAGAAAGAAAGAACUAGAACUAUGUGUAAUCCGCGGAAAUU